AUGGCAGAGAAGAUCUCCACGCUGAUCCUCAAGGUUGAUCUUGGCUGCUGCCCGUGUUACAAAAAGAUCCGCAAGAUCCUUUGCAAACUCCAAGAUGAGGAGAGUAUCAGGAGCAUCUCCUACGACGAUGGGAAGCAUACGAUCGCGGUGGCCGGGCCGUUCGACCCGCACAAGCUCUCCUGCAAGAUCAGGUGCAAGGGAGGCAAGGUGAUCAAGAGCAUCCACAUCCCGCCGCCGCCAACCAACACUUCAGCUAAGGACAAACGGGACAAGGAGCCACCCCCGCCGCCACCCGUGGAGGAGAAGCCCCCUCACAACCACACAUCACCACCGGUGACGCCGGCGGGGAACCAAGAGAAGAAGCCUGCCGAGCUAGAGCUGCCGUUGGGUCCUUCAUUGCCGUCGCCGGUAGCGGAGAAGGCGAGGCCCGUUUCGCCGAUCGACGUGAAGCCGCCGACGGUGGAGAUCCCUUCGUGGCCGGCACCGCCGCAGCCGCAGCCGCAGCCAAUGGGAGUGGGACACUACUGUGGCUGCAGGCCGUGCUACCAGGGGUACUACGAGGGGUGCAGGUGCUGCAGCUGCGGCAGGGUGUACGGCUACGCCGUCAGCGUCAUGCCAACGCCGGCGGGGUGCUACGCUGCCGGUGGCGGGGGGUACAGGUCAGCCUGCCAGCUCUUGAGCGAGGAGGAUCCCACCACUGCUUGCACCCUCAUGUGA